UUUUCCUCUUUCUCUUCCUUCACUAUCUGGACACUUUUUUUUUUCCUUUUUGCAUUUUCCACUGCUCCAUUCCUUUCUGGUGACCUUGCAUCCUCACCUUUACCUCCUGCGUACUGCCUCCUGUCCCUGCCUACCGGUUUGUUCCCGGUUAGACUAUAUCCGCCGGUGAUUGUUCUUGGGAACUGCCCACCAUGGAAGACGCCUACGAUUACCUGGCGGUCGAUUUCGAUCUCAAUUCUCUCACCGUCCCCCGCCUGCGCUCUAUCCUCGUCAACCAUGACGUCCCCUACCCGGCCUCCGCCAAGAAGGCGCAGUUGAUCCGUAUCUUGGAAGAUGAGGUCUUACCCCAGGCGAAGAAGCUGCUGCGCGAGCGCGAGCGUGUGAAGAGGACAAGCGAGGGCAUUACGGAUAUGCCGAGUCGCGCGACCUCUGUCGCGAGCGAAUUUGAUGCACCCCCCGCGCGAGCGCGUUCCGUCCGUGAUUCGCAACCGCCGCCGACUCCCUCAACCGUCGGCCGACGGGGCCGCUCCCGCGUCAGCACGAGGCAAUCGACCGUGGAGACAGACGACAGACAGACGCCUGUGGCACCCGCGACGCCCGCGACGACAUCGAGGAAAACCGCGCCCAAAUCGGAAUCUAAACGCUACGAUCUAUCCGACCUGCAGGACUAUCAUGAGGUCCCGGUCACCCCGCGCGAGCCACGCACGGCCAGCCCCCGCAAGUCAACCGCCAGAAAGUUACGGAGAAGCGAGAUGGCUCCCUCAACCGAGCCAGAGCCCCCCGUAUCGGCGAUCAAGGCCGAGCCACUCGAGGACGGCCAUUUCAGCACAGAUAACCCCUUCCAGAGUGGAAGUCCGGCACGGGAUCCGACCCGUGACCAAAAACGCAGGAGCAGUUCGCGACGUUCGACGCAGAGCCCGGCCCUGAGUCAGGGGCCCCGUGCCCGGAGGUCUGAGACCCCCGUUUUCCCUGCCCCCAACGACAGCGGGAGAGCUUCCGCGCGGGCGUCGCUCGCAUCGCCCGUCUCCAAAUGGACAUCUCCGAAACUGUCCCAGCCGAUCGAAGAGGAGGACGAAGUAAACGACGAAGUAGAGGAUGAAGAGGAGGAAGAAAGUGGACUGAGCGCGGGAGAAGAGUUCACUCCCGAUGAACAACUAGCGCUGGAGCGGGAACAGGCCGACCGGCUUUAUCCACGACGCAUCCAGACCCGACGGCCUCGGAAACAGGGACCAGUCAGCAAGGCGGCCCCGUGGGUAGUGAUACUAAUGCUGUUUGGAGGCUUCGCGGCCUGGUGGCGGCAGGAGAAGAUCGAGAUCGGCUUCUGUGGCAUUGGCAAACCGACGUGGUCGUUAGCCGAAACCAAGGUCCCCGAAUGGGCCAGCGUCUUGGAGCCGCAAUGUGAGCCCUGCCCGCCGCAUGCUUUCUGCUAUCCCGACUUCGAGGCCCGCUGCGAGCACGAUUUCAUUCUCAAACCUCAUCCGCUGUCGCUUGGGGGAUUGGUCCCGCUGCCUCCCACCUGUGAACCCGACAGCGAGAAGGCACGUCGCGUCAAGGCCGUCGCCGACAAAGCUGUUGAGAAACUCCGAGACCGCCGGGCUAAGUAUGAGUGUGGAGAACUAUCAGAGGGCGACAAGGCAGCCAAAGGCCCGGAGAUUACCGAACCAGAUUUGAAACAGGAAGUUGGCCAAAAACGCCGCAAGGGCAUGAGUGAUGCCGAGUUCGACGACCUCUGGAAAGGCGCUCUAGGCGAAAUCGUCGGCAAAGAAGAGGUCGUCACCAAAUCGGAACCAUCUUCUGUCCUCAUCCUCACAUCCACUUCCGUCAGCCGCCUACCCCUCACAUGCGCCUUCCGCCGCUACGUCCGACUCUCUAUCCUCGCGUAUCGACUCCCUCUUUCAAUUUUAGCUCUAUGCAUAGGCCUGGCCACCUACGCUCGGUCCAGGUACCUUGCUCGCCGCUCCGACUUGGGCCGCGUCCCCGAAUUGGUCGCUACUACCCUAGACCGCCUCGCAACGCAGGCGGCCUUGCAUGCGCGCGGAGAAGCCCGGGAAGCGUAUAUCCCCAUUGGGCAGCUGCGCGACGAUGUCCUCCGCUCUGAACUGCAGGGUAGUCGGCGCGAAGGAUUAUGGCGACGGGUUCGCGGAGUUGUGGAAGGAAAUGCCAACGUCCGCGCUGCCGUACGAGAGGGCCGCGGUGGAGAUGUGGCACGCGUGUGGGAAUGGAUUGGUGGGAUCGGCGGUGUCGAUGUGGAUCGCAGUGCCUCGCGACAGCGCCAGGGGAGCCUGAGCCAUCUGUCACCCGCGUCAAGCACCCGGGAUCACCAUCUCCCGCCUGACGACACCGCUGUGCAGCGCAUGGAAAUGCCACGCAAGUGGGAUGAGGGCCGGCCCAUUUACUGAUGAUCAUUCUCUCGUGUUUCCGGAGCCCCGCUAUCUCCUUCUUGAGGGGACUUUCUUCACUAUAGCCCCUUUAGAUUUGUGCUGCCUGCAUCCCAUUUUUUUCCCGCCUUCAUGUAUGAGAUUCCCAAGUCGGUUAUUGGCUUUUAUUGUGCGUAGAUAGCUCGGAUCCUUCCAGUUUCGCUGUUUUUAUU